AUGACUUCACGUCAUGCAUUACAAACUCAACAACAAAAAGCUGCUAAUUCAAAGUUUGCUAAGAAGAAUGUUAAUAAACAAGGUAAACCUCAAUCUGUCUUGAAAUCAAAAAAUCAAAAAUCUGAAAUACCAGUUAGUAGAACUUGGUUAAUUAUUUUAUUAUUUUUAGUUAUUGGAGGUGGGGUUUUAGAAUUAAUUAGAUUAUUCUUUUAA